AUGCCAAUCAAUCAGACACCCAUGUCAGACGUUGCACCUAUACAAGACUAUCCUGUCGAGAUGCCAAUCAAUCAUACACCGUCAUCUCCGGAAGACAUAUCCUUCGAUGCUUCAUCACCCAUAACUGACGACAUAGUUGAGUCUGAAGGAACACACACGCCAGUUUGCUCUGACGAAAUUAAACCAUUUAUUGGCCAAAGAUUUCUCAAAUUGGAAGACGCUACUGAGUUUUACAACAAUUAUGCUCGAUUUGGUGGAUUUGAUUCACGUAGAAACGGUUCUAAAAAGUCAGGUGAUGUGUUCACUUGGCUUUAUAUGGUAUGCUCGAGAGAAUGCGAAAGGAAAAUUAAUGAGGAAGGUUUCACUCCAAAACGCAAACGGUCUACGAAGAAGUGCAGUUGUCCGGCAAGGAUUUCCUUCAAAUUUGCUGGUUCGUUGGGUUAUGUUGUUAAUGAUUUCGUAGAAGGACAUAACCAUGAGAUGGUUCAAGCUGAACAUAAGCACUUCAUGAGGUUGAAUCGUUCGUUGGAUUUAGUGCAUCAAAAAUUUAUAAUUGAUUGUGCCAAUGCAAAUAUUGGGCCUACACUUAGUUAUAGAUUAUUGAAGGAGCUGCUCGGUGGAUACGAAUCAGUUGGAUGUACUGUUGGUGAAGUUAGGAAUUUCACGCGUGAUGUCAGAAGGUAUGCCGACGGAUUUGAUGUUCAAAUGUUACUAAAUGAAAUGCAGAAAAAGAAAGAUAAUUGUGAGGGAUUUACGUUUGAAUACGAAAAAGAUUCUGGAGAAAGACUCACGCGACUAUUUUGGUGUGAUGCUUAUUCGAAGAUGAGUUAUCACAUGUUUGGUGAUAUCGUCGCUUUUGAUACAACAUAUUCGACUAACAGGAGUAAUGAUUGCAACUUUCUAAUGUAA